AUUCUUGCACGGUUAGCGGCUAGUUUGAACUUAGCUGCUGCCGGCCUUGAAGGUUUGGCACCCACUCAAUAUCCAGACCUAUGUCCAAGAAGAAAGGUGAUGUGCCAAAGAAGGCUGUUUUGCUUGGAAGAAUCGGUACUAAUCUGAAGUGCGGUGUAGUAGGCCUACCAAAUGUAGGGAAAUCUACAUUUUUCAACAUUCUUACUAAAAGUGCAGUCCCAGCUGAAAAUUUUCCGUUCUGCACUAUUAAUCCUAACGAAAGUCGUGUCGCAGUACCAGAUGAAAGAUUUGAUUGGCUGUGCGAAUAUCAUCAACCUGUCAGUCGAGUACCAGCAUACUUGAAUGUUGUUGAUAUCGCUGGUCUAGUCAAGGGUGCACAUGAAGGUCAAGGUUUGGGAAAUGCAUUCCUUUCACAUAUUCGUGGUGUUGAUGCAAUUUUUCACAUGUUAAGAUUGUUUGAAAAUGAAGAUAUCACUCAUAUUGAAGGUGACAUCGAUCCUGUACGUGAUUUGGAUAUCAUUGAUGAAGAGCUACGUCUUAAAGAUAUUGAAUAUGUUACUAAAGAGUGGGAGAAAUGUGAAAAAGUAGUUAUUAGAGGCAAUGAUAAAAAACAAAUGCCUGCUUAUGAAUGUCUUACAAAAGUUAAAAAUAUGUUGAUAAAUGAUAAACGAAAUGUUCGUUUCGGUGAUUGGAAUCCAACUGAAGUAGAAAUUCUGAACGAGCAUUUAUUUAUCACAUCGAAACCAGUGAUUUAUUUGGUCAAUAUGUCAGAGAAAGCAUUUUUAAAAAAGAAAAGUAAAUGGUUACCAAAAAUCAAAGAAUGGGUUGAUGAACAUGAUUCCGGUGCAGCAAUUAUUCCUUUUUCUGCUGAUCUUGAACAAAAACUCAGUGAAAUGUCACCAGAUGAAGCUAGAGAUUAUAUGAAAGAAAAUGAAUGUACCAGUAUGUUACCAAAAAUCAUUCGUGUCGGAUAUCAAACAUUACAACUACAGUAUUUUUUCACAUGCGGUAAAGAUGAAGUUAAAGCAUGGACUAUACAGAAGGGUUCAAAAGCUCCUCAAGCUGCUGGUCGAAUACAUACGGAUAUGGAAAAAGGUUUUAUCAUGGCUGAAGUUAUGUCCUAUGAAGAUUUCAAGACAGAAGGUUCUGAAGCUGCGGUCAAGGCUGCUGGCAAAUACAAGCAAAAGGGAAGGGAGUAUAUUGUUGAAGAUGGAGAUAUCAUAUUGUUUAAAUUCAAUGCUGGUGCUGGUCUUCAAGCGAAGAAAAAAUGACGUUUGUCAGGUCUUUUAGGUCUAAUUUAUUUUCAUUGACGUUAUAAAAUAAAAUGAGAUAUCACUUUGGAGUUCUGUCGACUUUUUAUCUAUAAGAGAUUUGCGUGUAUUUCUUCAAUGUUACCAAAUUGGUUUGUUAUGCAGUAUUUUUCUCGGCAUCGUUUUAUGUUCAAUAAUGAAACACAAAAUCACGGUUAAUGUGUGAAUAUAUGUUAUGCUAUCUAGAGCUCUAUGAAUAUAGCGUAGUUAGUCCCACAGUUUUCUUGAUAAAAAACGUCCGAAAGAAAGCCAA